AUGAUUACCAGAAGUUUUAAGCAAACGUCGUGGCAGACGAGAAAGUUUUUGAAGUACUCUGCUGUCUGUCUCCGUGUCUUCGCUACUUGGUACGUCUGCAGACACGGAGAAAGUGGCGACUUAUUUGCAUAUGAACCCGC